AUUCUCCAGUCCCUGACAUAUAUAUUUUAGGGGUCUCCAAUCCCUGACUGCUCACUGCCGCUAGAUCAUCUCCACUUUUUCCUUUUUUCACGCUACCUUAGACAGAAACGGAAGUUAAUCCAGAAAAGCAACCAGCGAAACUCCACAUCCACCACAACCACGAGCUAGCUUAAAUCAUCUCUUGCUCAUCCUCUCAGCCUGCCUCACAACACAAACGUUCCUCUCCUCCUUCCCUGUCUACGUACACAAGCUAGCACCGGCAAUGGUUUCUGCCGGUGGCCAUGGCGGCUACAGCGACGCCGACGAUGCGGUCGACUUCCGCGGCAAACCGGUGGACAAAUCCAAGACCGGGGGAUGGCUCGGAGCCGGACUUAUCCUAGGGACGGAGCUUGCGGAGCGCGUGUGCGUGAUAGGCAUCUCGAUGAACCUGGUGACGUACCUCGUCGGCGAGCUGCACCUCUCCAACGCCAAAUCCGCCAACGUCGUCACCAACUUCAUGGGCACGCUGAACCUCCUAGCCCUCGUCGGCGGCUUCCUCGCCGACGCCAAGCUCGGCCGGUACCUCACCAUCGCCUGCUCGGCCACCAUCGCCGCCGCAGGCGUGAGCUUGCUGACGGUGGACACGGUGGUGCCGAGCAUGAGGCCGCCGCCGUGCGUGGACGCGCGGGGCGCGCAGGGGCACGAGUGCGUGCCGGCGAGCGGCGGGCAGCUGGCGCUGCUGUACGUGGCGCUGUACGUCAUCGCGGCCGGCGCGGGGGGCCUCAAGGCGAACGUGUCGGGGUUCGGGUCGGACCAGUUCGACGGCCGGAACCCGCGGGAGGAGCGCGCCAUGGUCUUCUUCUUCAACCGCUUCUACUUCUGCAUCAGCCUCGGGUCCCUGUUCGCGGUCACCGUGCUGGUGUACGUGCAGGACAACGUCGGACGGGGCUGGGGCUACGGCGUGUCGGCCGCCGCCAUGGCCCUCGGCGUCCUCGUGCUCGUGGCGGGGACGUCCAAGUACCGGUACCGGCGGCCGGCGGGGAGCCCGCUCACGGUCAUCGGUAGGGUGCUGUGGACGGCGUGGAAGAAGCGCAAGCUGCCGACCCCUGCCAACGCCGACGAGCUCAAUGGAUUCCACACGGCAAAGGUGGCCCAUACUGACAGGCUCAGGUGCCUAGACAAAGCCGCAGUCAUGGAACCAGUCGACCUGGCCGCAAGUCCGACCAAGCAGGAGCAGGCGUCAGCCUCAACAAUGACGGAAGUGGAGGAGGUGAAGAUGGUGUUGAACUUGUUGCCUAUCUGGUCCACCUGCAUCCUCUUCUGGACAAUAUACUCCCAGAUGACCACAUUCUCCGUGGAGCAAGCCACCCGCAUGGACCGUCGCCUCAAUGCCGGCUUCGAAAUCCCCGCCGGCUCCCUCUCCGUCUUCCUCUUCCUCUCCAUCCUCCUCUUCACGUCCCUCAACGAGCGCCUCCUCGUGCCGCUCGCCGGCCGCCUCACCGGCCGCCCGCAGGGGCUCACCUCGCUCCAGCGCGUAGGCACGGGCCUGGUCUUCGCAACCGUGGCCAUGGUCGUGAGCGCGCUGGUCGAGAAGAUGCGCCGCGACGCCGCGAACGGGGAGCCCCGCGUCGCCAUCAGCGCGUUCUGGCUGGUGCCGCAGUUCUUCCUCGUGGGCGCCGGCGAGGCAUUCGCGUACGUGGGGCAGCUCGAAUUCUUCAUCCGCGAGGCGCCGGAGCGGAUGAAGUCCAUGAGCACGGGGCUCUUUCUGGUUACGCUGUCCAUGGGGUUCUUCCUGAGCAGCUUCCUCGUCUUCCUCGUCCACACCGUGACAAGAGGGGCAUGGAUACGGAAUAACCUGGAUAGGGGGAGGCUUGACUUGUUCUACUGGAUGCUGGCUGUGCUUGGGGUGGUGAACUUCCUUGUGUUCGUGGUGAUUGCAAGGCGGCACGAGUACAAGCCCAGCACGUCAGUGGUUGUGGCUCCCGCUGGGGAGGACAACGAUACCAAGGAAAAGGAGAUGGACGACGUCCUUGUGGUCAAUGAGAACACCGUGGGGAUGGAUGUGUAGGGAGUGUUGAGUUUGUAAGAUAUGCAUAUGAAUAGCAGAUUGAGUGUAAACAUAGAUGGUUAGAUUUUUUGGUGGAACCAGCCCAUCAAAAUUCAAGUUUACCAGACUUGACAUGGGUGUUCACAUUUUUCUGAAUUUUAAUUUAGACAUUUCGGCGAUGUGUGUUUAGUGGGAGAUGAUGUUCCCGUCGAUUGCAAAGUGCCUCAGGUGACUUUGUUAAUCUCAAGGUUUGCCACCUCAGUCUUUCGGAGAUGCUCCUAUGGGUAGGAUGUGCGUGUGUAUGUUCAUAGGGGUGAAUGUACGUGUGUAUGUGAGCGUCUGUCCUUGUACCGUCUUUCUUAAAAAAACAAAUGUAUCCGUUGUUGUAAAACAA